CUUUCAUCAAGCUGCUUGCCCACUUCAACCAUGCUGGCUCGCUCUCUUGCUCGCCCUUCGUCCGCCUUCGGGCGCGCCGUUGUCGCCCGCCGGCUGCACGUCAGCUGCCCUGCCAUGCGCCAGGUGCCUGUCCCCCAGGACGUGAUGCCUAAGCAAGCCCAGGAGCUGCUGCAGGAGGAUUAUAAGUACUUGGACGUGCGCACCACGGAGGAGUAUGCGGGCGGCCAUGCACCCGCUGCGGUGAACGUGCCGGUGGUCAACUUCGGGCCGGGCGGCAUGGUGCCCAACCCCGGCUUCCUGCAGGCGGUGGAGGCCGCCUUCCCAGACAAGCAGGAGCGGCUGGUGGUGGGCUGCAAGUCGGGGCGCCGUUCCCUGAUGGCCAUUGACCUGCUGUCCCAGGCGGGCUACUGCGAGCUGGUGAACCUGGCAGGCGGCUUCGACCUAUGGGCCGGCCAGGGGCUGCCGGUGGUGCGCUAAUGGGACCACAGCGUGGAAUGGAGAUUUCCUCACAGUCUACGUUGGUCAGCGUGGUACGGCGUGAGCAGGAUGAGUAAAUGGCUGUGCAAGCAAAUGGCAUGCGGGUUCUCUACAGGUGAGGCCACUGUUAGGGGCCCAGCCGCUUGGAGAGGUGAGGGCUGCCUUGGCUGGGUAUGGCUUCAAACUCUCAGAGAUUCGGCAAGGCGGUAGUUCCGCGGGGGCAUAUCGCAUACACAUCGCACGAUGCGGUCGGGUACGUAACUUCAUUUGACACCUGAGCUGUGGGCGGCUGGACGCACCAGGUCAUUGUGCCUUGUGCGUAAGUUGGUGUGGCCGUGUGGGGCCAGGACGCCAGGUGGGGCACGUAGGCACUAUAAACGCUUCACAAGGUGUUAGGACAGUCGGACGGCGGUGGCAAAAGAGUUCCAGUCAAGUUGUCAGUAUGUGAACCAGCAGGUCCGCUGCUUACCAGUUGUCAGCCACCGUGUCAACGGUGUCAGGACCAGGGCCUUGGCCAGGGCCAAUAGAGCGGAACGGGAAGCUGGCACGGCAGCCAGUGAAGGUGUGAGCGGCGGCGAAGAUGAUGACAGCGAUUUAGCUGUGUUGCGAUGUCGGACUUAAAAGCUGCAGGGCCCAGUGAAUCGGGCAGGCGGGGCUCCGCGAGGAUGGGUCGUGUGGGGCGGCCUCAGGCGGUUACACGGGCCCGGCAGGUCAAUGGCACGGUCAACGCACCGCAACAUUGCAAGGCACC